CUGAACCUGCGCAGCUCUUCAAAGCACAAUCAAAUGAUAACGCAGUUCAUAAAACAUCCUAAAUCUACAAAUUUCGACGGCGAGAACGAUUGGUCUCCUAAACGACGGCGAAUUGGUGGCGUAACGAAGCCGCCGCCCACACCAUGCAAGAAGCGCAACUACAAAGAUGAGGUCACCGACUCAAACACCGAGAAUGACGAUGUCGUUGUCAAGGAUGAGGAAAAAGAUACAAGGACAGACCUAGAGAGUGCAUUGCCGCCUAUUGACACUGGCGAGGAAGCUGUCGAAGCAUAUGAAGCGUUCAAGGCAUCACAGGAAGACAAAUCAGAAGGCGCCGAGGAGCGCCUAAAAGAUCGGUCAUGGAUCAGAGGGAAGAGCUCGCUAUACGUCGAUGCGUUCAAUCUGACGCUAGAUACGGUGUUAAAAGAAGAAGGCCACCUCUUCGACGAGGCUGAGACUGAGGUGUUCAAAAUAUGGAGGGAUCUGAACUAUGAAGCACAGUAUCUUUAUGUGCGCCUCUUCCUGCGCAAAACGUCUGCGUGGCAUCGCGUCAAGGACCUUGGCUAUCAUAGCGAUCUCUCGGACAUGGACACGGCGGUCGAAACGCUACAACGCACGUUCGAUUUACCAGCAUCGUCUGCUGAAGUCAAUAUACAUCCGGGCGAGCAGGAGGCGCCUACCGACACAACGCUUGUUAAAACUUUCACAUUCGCCGAUCGAUCAGAAGAUGAGAUCACAACAUUAGACGAAGCAUCCUCACUGCUGCGUCUGGACGAGCUCAAGGCGCUGGCAAAAGAUGCGAAGGUGCAAGGAAAGAACAAACGAGAGUUGUUGACAGCACUGCGACGGACGAGCAAAAAACAAGCUGGCUUGGGACAUGUUGGUCUGAAGCGAUCGGAUACAGAAAGCUCGAGGCAAUCAAGAAGGUCGAGGCAGUCUUCUGUUUCGGGUACAGCGACACCAGACGUGGAAGAGCCUGAAGAAGGCAACCAGUCUGAUCUGUCCGACAACUCCAAUCGCGAUGCUCACUUCACCCGCAAGAUCAUGAGCGAGACUGGGUCUUGUAUACGACUUUCAGCGGCCACAAGAAAGCUGUUCGAGCGUGUUCAUCUCGUCUUCUAUCGCUCAACGGAGUGGACCGAGAAGUCGCUGACGACCAUCAUCCUCGCAAAGAUAGCACGUCGCAACUUCCCCGGGUACAUUGUCUCCCGGUCCGCAAACAUCUUCGCUUCGCGCUCCUUGCUUCUGGAAUAUGAAGCAUCAAUACGAACCCAAUUUCGAAUAGACAAUAUUCUAGAGUUUAACGGGAGGCCGAUGGAGAAGGACUAUCAAGACAUAGUCGAUGUAUUUGAAGAAAUCUAUCCUCGAUGGCAGACUCUUGUAGAAGAAGAACAGCGGAAGGAGGAUGGCGUCUACCACAGCGGUGAAGGAUUCUACCUACGCCGUCUAUCGCCGGCUUGGGUAUACACUCGCAUCAUUCACAAGGCGAUGUAUGUCAUUGCUCGGCGCAAAGAGCACGAAUGCGAAUACGACGUGACCUCUGCGCUGCUUCGGCAGCGCCUCUUCCACCACUCUCGGCGGGGAGCCUGGUACCAGCGCAAAGCGCUCUUAGAGGAACACUACAUGGCCGCCCUAUCUCCCACCGAGAAGCGCAGCGAAGAGCAGCAGAAGAAGCACUGGAAGCGCAUCGCUUUGCAAACCUGCGAAGACGGUCUCCAAGACAACCUCGUCCACAUCAUUCAUCACUACGAUCUUCAAAAACGUGUCACGAAGCUCGAAAAAUCCCUCAACAUCGCCAAACGCUUACAGCACGACUUCACACACGUACGCCUUACCAAACCCCUCGAGGUUACCGUAGAAGGAACACAGAUCCUGCGCCCGCCUCCACUGAACCGACGGAACAGCUCUCCUCAUCCUCAGAAUCCCAACCGCCGUGGCGGGAAGACAGUAUGGAUUGACCCGCGCGAAACGGGCGAAUGCAGCGUCGAAGCUAUGUGCCUCUCACACUACCGGAACCAAGGCUGGAAAGGUUUCCACAGCGAAGGCGGGAUCGUGCGCACGCUCUUCGCAUACCUUUUUUACGACGUACUCUUCACAUACGUACCGAAUGUGUUCCAGACACAGUACCAGACAUGCCCGCUUGAUCUGCACACAGACGCAUUCUACCCGUCGCGCAUCUCGGAAAUCAACGCUCGCCUGAACGAGAUCUCGAAUGGUGAUGCGGAGAGCAUUAUAAAGAGGGUUUACGCCGAGCACCACGAAAGACGGACCUGUGUGGUAGGUCUGGACUGGACGUACGAUGUCAACGACUUGCUGGAGAUAGGACGGUGUUUUGAGGGCGAGGCGCUAGCUACAGUCUGCAAGGUCAUGGCGCAGGAGUACGGGCAGCGAGGCGGCGGUGUGCCGGACUUGUUCUUGUGGAAGCUCGCAGAUGAGGAGGGAAAGAAAGGUGAGGUCAAGUUCGCAGAAGUAAAGAGCGAGAACGAUCGCUUGAGCGAUACGCAGAGGCUUUGGAUACAUGUCCUUAGUGGAGCGGGGGUCAAGGUCGAGCUUUGUGCUGCUGUUGCUAAGGAGGUUAUCCAGAAGUGAGAGGUUCAGGAGUGAGCCCUGUUGGAUAUGACUGGACCAUCACUUUACAAAGAUGCGACAACUCGUUCAACACUGAAUGAUGGAGAUAGGUUUGUUGUACAAUUCCAGAAGAGAUUGUUGGCUAGUUGUCUUGUCAGUCAAGAACAUUCAGAUGUGUCUUCAGCGAAAACACACAACGGG